AUGAAGAAAGCAACAAGGAACUUCAAAGACGGUGUUAGGAGGAGGUUUCAGGAGUACCUUCAUUUUUAUUGUGAUCCUCCACUAUACCAUGGAGAUGUUAAGCCUAGCAAUGUCUUCUUGGACAAGAAUUACCUUGCAAAGCUUGCUGGCUGCGGUCUUGUGCACUACUCUAGUAGUGGCAAUACAACUCCCAGUUGCACACCAGUAAAUGUCAAGAUCCAAGCAACUCCUGGUUCAAAUGAUGAGGAGACAUUCAUUCACUGUGGAAUUCCUCUUGCCGAUAAGGAUCAUGACAUCAUCGUUUCUUUUUUCAAAAGCAAAUAUCAACAAGGCCACCUCUAA